AUGACUUUAUCCCACGAUGCCAGCAAGAACCCUGUUCAAGCCAGUGUUGACAAUGACAACAUCUCCCAGAAAGCCCAAGAUGGACCAUGGAUUCGACUUCUUACAUAUCUCAGAUGGUACCCAAAAGACAUGGACCAUCUGGAAAAACGACUGAUAUUGAAGCUCGACAUUUGUAUUCUUACCUUUGGCUGCCUGUCGUUCUUCACCAAAUAUCUGGAUCAACAGGCCAUCACCAAUGCCUAUGUAUCAGGCAUGAAAGAAGACUUGAAUAUGUCUGGAAAUGAAAUCAACUAUAUAACGACUGCAUUUUGGGCUGCAUACUGCGUCUCCAUGAUCCCAGCCUGCUAUCUUUUGACCAGGACCAGAAUCAAUAUUGUCCUUCCCCUACUCGAAGCUGGAUGGGGACUGUUCACGUUUGGCUGUGCUUGGGCGCAGAAUCUCCACACCAUCUAUGCGAUGCGUGUGUUCAUCGGCAUUUGCGAGUCAUGCUCCUUUACUGGAGUGAUCUAUGUGAUCGGAUCCUGGUACAAACCACAGGAGAUUGGUCGCCGUGUGUCUUUAUUCUUCAUUGCCUCCCCAUUAGGGACAAUGUUUGCUGGCUAUCUCCAAGCAGCGGCAUACACGAAUCUGGAUAAUUCGCAUGGAUUGGCAGGCUGGAGAUGGCUAUUCAUAAUAUGCACAAUCAUCACCAUUCCUAUAUGCAUAUUAGGAUAUAUCGCUUUCCUCGAUGUCCCUCACAGAGAGAAACCUCGUUUCCUGACGCAAGAAGAAUACACACUCGCCAAUGAUCGUCUCAAAGGUCUAACAGCCCCCAGUCAGCUCAAGGUUUCCCGUGAUAUCUUUAGACGCGUUCUGGGACGGUGGCAUUGGUAUGUCUUCGUUGUCCAGUGGAUCCUCGUCGACCAGAACUUUCUCGCCUCUUCGUCUCCAUUCAGCCUGUAUCUCAAGGCAAAGCCGGACAUUUAUUCUGUAUCCAGAAUCAACACAUUACCGACAAUUGCGACAGCCGUCUCUAUUGUUGCAGCUCUGUUUGCGGGAGUUGCAGUUGACAAGAAGAUCGGCUUUUGGAUUCCUUGUACCAUCACCUCGAUUUUGGUGCUCGUGGGUCUUGUUUUGCUGGUUGUCUGGGAUGUCGGCGAAGCUGGUCGAUUGGCAGGUUUCAUCCUGACUGGGGCAGAGGGUGCUAUGAGCCCUCUCACCAUGAGUUGGGCGACAUUGACGAUGGCUGAUGAUGCUGAAGAGAGGGCGAUUGUGACAGCCAGCAUGAAUGCCAUCGGUCAAGCUAUGUCCGCAUGGACACAGCUGCUGCAGUACCCGGCAGUCGAGGCGCCCAAUUUCCGAAAGGGGUUUAUUUCUAAUCUGGCAACGACACUCGCACAGUUGAUGGUGGUGGCACUUCUUACGCUGCUUUCCCGAUGGGAUCAGAAGGGAAAAAUGAGCUAAGACAAGUCAGGUUGCAACAGCCGAUGAAGCUGCUAAGAUGGGUUAUACCCUAUAAAUUUA